AUGCGUCCUGGCAUUGUGCCCAUGUUUUCCCAUGACGAAAAGAUCAGUCACUAUGAAGUAUCUCACAUACUUGGGAGAGGUGGCUUCGCCACUGUACAUGCUGCACGACGGAAAGCAGAUGAUCUUCUUGUUGCCUGCAAGAUGAUCGAUAGGAAAAAACUCGAACAAGAUAAUAGUCAUCAUAUUCCAUCGUAUCCAGCUCAUCGUCACCCUUUACCAAACUCACGUUCAACAACCAUGCUCGAUCGAUUGAAUGCGGAAAUCAGUAUCCAUCAUCAAGUGAAACAUCCGAACAUCGUCGAAUUGCUCAAUUGUUUUUGUGAUGAUAAAUAUGUGUAUUUAAUUCUCGAAUUAUGUUCUAAUGGUGAUCUUGAACAUUAUCUUCAAGAGAAGAAAACCUUGAGCGAACAUGAAACGCGAAAUAUUUGUAAACAAGUCGUGGAUGGUAUGUUCUAUUUACAUAGUCAUGGAAUUCUACAUCGAGAUAUCAAAUUAUCCAAUAUACUUUUGACUGAUACAUUCGACGUUAAAAUUGCUGACUUUGGUUUGGCGAAAAAAUUACCAUUGACACGUGAACAAACGAAUGAAACCAUGUGUGGAACGCCGAAUUACAUAUCACCUGAAAUAGCUAGUCGACAUCCUCAUAGUUUUGAAACGGAUGUCUGGUCGUUUGGAAUCCUUAUGGCGACGUUAUUAACAGGGCGACCACCGUUCUAUACCGACACUGUUCAAGAGACCUUAUGUAAAGUAACACAAGAAAAAUAUGAACUACCAACGACAUUCAGUGAAGAAGCUCAAGAUCUUGUCAAUAGUAUACUACGAAAAAAGCCUGAAGAACGUCCGACACUCAAAGAAAUUCGAGAUCAUCCAUUUUUCACCAAAGAACAUUCACGUUCAUCUCAUUCGUAUAACGAAUCAAAUAGUUAUCAGAAGAUAUCGUCUCUGGGUCCGAAUGCAUCUGUCGACAGUGGACUAGGAGUAUCGAUGGGACGACAGCGAUCUGUAUUGAACAGUACAUUGGCGACCAAUGGAACUUAUGCUGCUCAUCAAUAUUCAUCCGAUCCUGUCUCUUCUCCAGCGCCGUCUCAUCAUGCUGCACCAAUCUAUACGAAUAGUAGCACACGCUCAAAGACUCCACAUGAAGCUUUUGCCUAUCCUGUCUUAACAUCUACACCAGCUCAACAGCAACCUAUUCAUGCACGACAAAGUCCAUCUUUUAAUAUUCAUUCAAAUCUGAAUGAUUGGCUUAGUAGUGGAUCACAUAAUGUCAAUGAUCCACGUCCUGAUAGUGCAACAUCAUCUGUCUUAUCUCGUGAUAGUGGUCUCGCCCGAUCUGAUCCCAAAUCCUCACGUGAUUUUAGUGGAAAAUCUGAACCAAGUUUCAAAGCAUCUCAUACCAAUAACAUGCGUAACGGGUUGCCAUCGUUAUCAUCAUCGAAUACAAUUCAGCGUCUCUUACAACAGCAACAACAGCAUCAUCCACAACAAGCCCCAUCGAAUCUUGAUUCAAAUGCAGAACAGAUUCGUGAGAAACUUCAACCAUUGAAUACUCAACGAUUAAAAAUACUUCGUCAAGCAACAAAAUCAUUUAUUAUGAGUAUUAUGGAAAAUGGCGAAGUUGUACUCGAAACAAUGAGAACCAAAGGCACCAAACGACGUAUUGUCGACGUAUUUCGUGUAUCAGGCGAUGGUCUACGUAUUAUUACUUACACACCGAACAGUCGUCAUGGUUCGCCGAUCGGUGAUCAUCCUCCGCCAAUACCACGCGAUAAAAAUGCUUAUCAGGAAUAUGAAUUCAGUCAGUUACCAUCGGAAUACUGGAAAAAAUAUCUCUAUGCACACAAAUUUGUUACAUUGGUUCGCUCACGAAUGCCUAAGGUUAUUCUAUACACACCCGAAGCGAAAUGUUCUCUUAUGGAAACUGGCGUGGACUUUGAAGCUGUAUUUCUCUGUGGAGUUAAAAUCUCUAUUUACCGAGAAAAUUUCAAAUACGAUGAUCCGUUAAAAAUCAAAAUUAUUAAUAACAUUGAUAAAUCUGAAUCGUCGUUGGAUUUCGAUCGUGUUGCCACUCCAAACAUUUCAGCAGUCGAACAUUUCAGUCCAGAAAUUCGACAAAUGCUUGAUAAUGCAAUUACAUUUUACUCCUUUUGUUUAUCAAAAGAUCAAAUUUUGGAAGAAAACCAACGACAAUUUCCGUCCAUUCAAACAUUUCCCGUUCAGUUUGGAAAAAAACAUGCUCAACAGCCUGAUAACAAUAGACCAGGUUCUGCUUGCUCAAUUGGUCGUUCUCUUUCUCAACAGUUUGGUGGUUCCUCAUCCACCGUGAAUGAGUUGUGUAUUGCACCAUCGACAUCCGCUGGUACGCCAUUAUCAAUGACAUCUAAUCGACGUAUAUUUGCAUCUGACACUGAUGUUCGAGGAGCCAAAAACUCGCUUUCUACGACUGCAAGUCCAAUGUCGUCAUCUGCAAGUAUUGCCAAUAGUAAUGUUCAUCACUCAACUUCAUCGUCAACAUUACGUACAGCUGGUUAUCAUCAUCAUCACAAUCAUCAUCAAGUUUCCUACACUCCACAAGCUUCAGCACCAUCUCGUCAACUUUCCGUUCAUCCUCAACAGAUCACUUCGCCAUCCUACAUGUCCGAGAGCAUCUCGACACGGCAAGCAACACUGCCUGUAACAAACAUCAAUCAUCAUUACACAUCCUCAACAUCGUUGAAUUCCAAUACAAGUGGUGGAACUAUUAUAACCACUAAUAAUCCAGGAUCAAUGCCGACAACUACCUUAGCAAUAAAAUCGAUCAAUUCAUUGUUGAAAGGUACCUAUCGUGUGACAUUUAGUGACAAUAGUGCGAUGAUUCUUCGAGCUGAUUGCACCGAUGGACAGAUGUUUAUUGACACUCAAGGUAAACAUCAUUUAUUUGAUCGACGACAACAACAUCAAUCCGAAGCAAUUCAGGAGCGCUUAGCACUCAUGCAACAAGACCAUUCCACUGAUGGAGACUACUCUUCUACCUCCCAACAGCAACAGCAGCAGUGA